GAAAUAUAAAAACGUCGGGUUUUCGUUUUCGUGUGGAUGGAAAAAUUUUGAAAACGAAGCUUUUCGAAAACGAUUGGGUUACGAUAAGCACGACAUUCCCCCGCCCGAGAUUUCCUCGAACACAAAUCCGAAAUGACCGAUGAUUGUUGCGUUUUUAAAUUCCUCGGGCCUAGUUUGGACGGAAAACAUUUGAUGCGUUUUGAGAGUAAAACCACCGUUUACAAAUUCCUGCGGCGUAGUGUGGACGGAAAACAUUUGGUGCGUUUUGAGAGUAAAACCUCCGUUUACAAAUUCCUGCGGCGUAGUGUGGACGGAAAACAUUUGGUGCGUUUUCAGAGUAAAACCACCGUUUACAAAUUCCUGCCGCGUAGAGUGGACGGGGCUAAAAGUCGCGUCACAGAAUUGUCUAUUUCUACAUCCUCCUGAGAUUUCUGAAUCCAGGAGUAAUUUUGUUCUCUUUUGCAGCGGUUCUUGGAUCAGCUUGUAACCGAAACUGGAGAUCCGCAGAGUGAGAACUACAAGGUCACCUAUGAUCUUGGCCUGAUUCAAGGGGAAUACAUAGAACCAGAGACAAGAACACGAAAAAGAACCACGGAUACUGGAGAAAAGGACACACCCAAGGAUGACGUCAAAGUGAUAAGCACCGGGAAGAGAAAUGUCAAAAAAGACGAUCCACCGAAGGUUAACUCACUGGCGUUAAUAGAGACCAUGGCUAUUUAUCGACGGGAAAGAUGCCUGACACACCCCAUUAGCUUUCAUUUGUUGAACACUAAAUGGAAGAAGUUCGGUUGGAUAACAUUUGGAAUCAACCUGUUAGCAUACUUCCUGUUCAUUACACCGCUGACAACAUUAGCCGUUUAUGCGCGUGCUAAUGAGGACACGUUGUGUGGAUUUAACUCGUCCAAUCCAAACGAGGAUAAAGAUGACUAUUCGUGUACAUUAUCUAACGUGCUUGUUCAGGUGUUUAACUAUUUCGUGUUGAUCACGGCUGCAGCUCAUCUUUUGAAGGAAGUUAUUUCUCUGUUUCACCAGCGACUUUCGUACUUGGAGGAUGCGAGUAACUUCCUCGAAUGGAUUUGUUACAUAGCGUCAUUAAUUUAUGUAUUACCUCCGUGUGAUUGCAAAGCUGGGUAUAAGAAUGAAGUAGGCGCUGUUGCUUUGUUCUUUGGCUGGAUGAAUCUUAUCUUGUACUUUAGAAGGUUGUCAUCUUACGGUCAAUACGUCAUCAUGUUAUCCACAAUGUUUGUUACACUCGUAAAGGUUUUGCUUCUUUGGAUGUUGUUCAUCAUGGCAUUUGGGACAACGUUUGUAAUGUUGAUGAAAGAGGCUCCGUUCGAUACUCUCGGCAAUUCGAUGAUGACGAUGUUUGUGAUGACUCUCGGAGAAAUGAACUACCAUGACAACUUCCUUCCAUGGGAAAAACUUGCCUUUGCUACGCUCACUAAUAUUCUGUUUAUCGUGCUCGUUCUUGGAAUGCCUAUUAUUAUGAUGAACAUGCUGGUUGGUCUGGCUGUCGGAGACAUUGACAAAAUCCAAGAGAAUGCGCUUAUGGAUCGUUAUGUACUGCAGGUCCGGCUGCUCGUGGACAUCGAAAACUCUCUUCCAGCAUAUGUUAUGAAACGAGUACAGGUUUAUUCCCACACGGAGUUUCCGAACCACCCUAAGACGCUCAAACAAAAGCUGAUCGAUAACAUCGUUGGGUUUGAUAAGCCCGCAGUCAGUGUUGACGAACUAAGCAAUGAAAUGUCACCAGAGAUGUUGAAUGUCCUGGACAGAAUAGAGAAACAAGACUCUAAGAUGCAGAAAAUGUUUGAUGUCCUCAAGGAACAAACGGCGAUGAUAAAGGAAAUAAGUCGUAGAAAACAGGAACAAAAUCAAAGGGAAAAAGAUGAAGUACCCAAGGAGUCAAGCAUGAGGAGUUUAUUCGGAUUCCCAUAACUUCCUCGCCGGCGUUCGCGACAAACAUAUUAAUAUUAAUAAGGGCCUUAAGCAAUGACGACGACGACGACGCCAGGGACGAUGAGUACAAAAAAAUGAAUUUACAUUUUACCUUCGAAUUUCCUAACUAUCCGAAUCUGUUCAGUAUGCCAGCUGGUCUGAAAACCUGCUCAAACUAAAUAUGUAAUGCCAGCGAUCAACUCCAAAAAGAAAUACAAGAAAUUUGCUGUCGUGGCCUAAGUUC